AUGGAAAAGGAAGGAAAGAGAUGUCGCCGGCGGGUGGUGCUGGUACCGGCGCCGUUCCAAGGCCACAUAAACCCAAUGCUUCAGUUGGGCAGCAUCCUCCACUCCAAUGGCUUCUCCAUCACUGUCGUUCACGCCCAAUACAACUCCCCAGACCCUUCAACCCACCCAGAUUUCAGCUUUCUUCCCCUACCAGAUUCCUCAUCCGACCACAACAUCUUAGCUGCGGACGGAGUAGGCUUCGUAUUGGAGCUUAAUGCCAAAUGCAAAGCUCGUUUCCCAGAAUGCUUGGCUCAAGUGAUGACGCAACUCGGCUCCGACGACGAUAGAAUCGCAUGCAUUAUCCACGACGAGUUCAUGUACUUCUCUCAAGAAACGGCAAAGGAUCUGAAGCUUCCAAGCAUCGUCUUACGCACAGCUAGUGCUUCCAAUUUUUUUGCUCGUGACGCCCUUUUCCAACUGAAGGCAGAAGGCCACCUGCCCUUCCCAGAAUAUAGGUUGCAGGAUCCAGUUCCGGAGCUUUAUCCACUCCGGUUCAAGGAUCUACCUAUCCCCACUUUUGGAAAAGUAGAUAAGUUUUUGCAAAUGCUGAGUAAAGGUUCAAACAUUGAAACAUCUUCGGGCAUCAUUUAUAAUACAACUUACUACCUUGAAAAUUCAUCAUUGGCAAAGAUGCAACAGAGAUGUCAAGUUCCAAUCUUCUCAAUAGGCCCUAUGCAUAAGAUUGCAUCGGCCUCCUCUAGUAGCUUAUUGGAAGAGGAUAGUAGUUGCUUGGCAUGGCUUGAUAAGCAAAGUUGUAACUCAGUCAUUUAUGUAAGCUUGGGAAGUGUGGCAUUCAUGGACGCCAAAGAGCUUGUUGAGAUGGCUUGGGGGCUAGCACACAGCAAACAACCUUUCUUGUGGGUGGUUCGGCCAGGCUCAAUUCGUGGUGCAGAAUGGAUUGAAGUAUUGCCCGAAGAUUUCAAAGAAGACAUUGGCGAGAGGGGUCACAUUGUGAAAUGGGCACCCCAAAAGGAAGUUCUAGCACACGAUGCAGUGGGAGGGUUUUUGAGUCAUUGUGGAUGGAAUUCAACACUAGAGAGUAUUUGUGAAGGAAUCCCAAUGAUAUGCAGACCGUAUUCAGGGGAUCAGAGGGUGAAUGCAAGGUAUGUGAGCCAUGUAUGGAAGGUAGGCCUGGAAUUGGAGAGUAAGUUGGAGAGAUGUGGGAUAGAGAGAGCUGUAAGAAGACUUAUGGUGGAUGAAGACGGGAAGGAGAUGCAAAAGAGGGGAAAUAAUUUGAAGGAGAGAUGUGAAUUUUGCAUCAGAGAUGGUGGUUCUUCCAGCAAUUCCUUAAAUGAGCUAAUAGACAUGAUCAAGUCAUUUUAAUUACAAAGACGCUUUGAAAUAAGAAAGAGAAUGCAAAGAUGCUUUAAAGCUCGGGGAGAAAAAAUACAGAGAUGCUUUGAUAAUAAAAAUUUUUUUCUUCUUUAAAUUGAUGAAUAGAUUAAGUUAUAUUAUGUGUGCAUAUUCUAAUUACGAACUGUUACAUCAAUUUAUACAAAAAUCAUAAUAUCUUAAACU